AUGGACAAGGAAACGCUUCUCAAAUCCUUGGCUGGCACUCUCGAUGCAAAUCCUGAGACCAGAAAGGGAAGCGAGAAACAGUUACGCUACUUCGAGGAGCAGCAGGGCUUCACGGCUUACUUACUUGAUCUCAUCGCAGACUCCAACAUCAGUCUCGGAGUCCAGACCUCGGCUGCAAUCUUUUUCAAAAACAGAGUUGCCCAUUUCUGGGUUGUUCCUGACCUGAAACCAGCAACUGCAAGGUAUAUUCAAGCACAAGAGAAGAAUGUGAUCAAGCAAAAGUUGGUGGAAGUUUUGAGUCAAAAGUAUAAGAAUACUCAAUUGAGAGUCCAACUUUCCACUGCCAUUAGCAGCAUUCUCAACGCCGAGAAAUGGGACGAUCUCACGAACAUCAUACCUAAAUUAAUUUCUGAUACCUCGAACAUCGAUCAUGUAUUCACUGGGUUGAUUUGUUUGUUCGAGUACACUAAGAACUAUCGUUAUUCACAUGAGGGUAAUAGAAAUAUCGUUCUCGAAGAGGUGGCAGAAACCAUUUUCCCUCUUUUGGAAAGUUUGACGGAGAGCUUGAUGAACAACGAUUCAAAUGUCUCUGAUGAAAUGUUAUACUUGGUCUUCAAGAUAUUCAAAUAUACCACUUACUCAACAUUGCCAACAUACCUUGCGAACCCAUCAAAAUUGGGAACGUGGUGCAACCUUCAUAUUAUGCUCAUAAACAAACCAUUGCCUGAUACGGUUGCAAGAUUGGAGCCUUCAGAAAGGGCUUCUGCGCCCCGCGUCAAGGCAGUCAAGUGGUGCUUUGGUAACUUGCAUAGACUCUUGUUCCGCCAUGGUGGAGGAGUCAGUACUCCAAAAAAGGAUUCAGAAUUCGCAACCACAUUCUUGAACAAUUUCGUUCCCGAGAUUCUAAAUGUGUAUUGGCAAAUUAUUGAAAAGUGGUCUUCCAAGUCUUUGUGGUUGUCUGAAGCUUCGUUAUACCACUUAAUCGCUUUCUUGGAGAUGGUCAUAGAAACUCCAGAUUUCCCACUAAUUGAGGAGAAAUUGGACGCUAUCAUCAGGCAUAUCCUCUUGCCUACUUUGAAUGCUAACAAGGACACUAUAGAGUUGUACGAAGACGAUCCGGAGGAGUAUAUUCGAAAAUUUUUCGAACUCAGCAGAGACAACACCACGUCUGACACGGCAUCCAUCAAUUUCUUGUUCAGAUUGUCCUCGACAAAGUUUUCUAAGACCGGCGCGACAAUCCUCAACAUUAUCAAUGAGAUCUUUCAGAAGAGAUCUGGUGAUAAGGAGAACUUGGAAUAUGCUUGCCAGACUGAAGGUGCUCUUCGGAUUUUGGCAACCAUUUCUCUUAAACUCAACAAAGACCUGAGCCCAGUGAAGGGCCAAGUGGAUCAGCUCUUACAGUCCUUCGUAUUGCCAGAGCUUUCACAAUCUGUAAUUGCUCGUUACCCAUGGCUCACCGCAAGGGCCUGUGAUACCAUCGCUAUGUUUCUGCAUAAGUUUCUGGAUCAAAAAAUUUUGCAAGACAUCUUUCAGGCAAUUGUCUUCUGCUUCCAGCAACAGGACCACUUCCCCAUUCAGUUGACUGCAGUGGAUGCAUUGAAAACAUUGGUCGAGGAAGACGUUGUCGCUGCUCAAGUUGCUGACCAAGCGCCCCAAUUGAUGGGUGUAUUGCUUGAUAUGUCGAAGAACUUCGAGAGUGACAUUUUGAACACAGUAAUGGACGUUUUUGUCGAAAAGUUUGCAGCUAAUCUAGAGCCUUACGCCAAUGAGCUUUCCAUACGUCUAGUCGAGCAGUUCCUCAAAUUAGCUCACGAAAUCUUGGAGCAGUCUACACUGAGUGGCAACAUCAAUGUUGACAAGGAGUAUUCCGCUGCCGGUAUAUUGAACACUUUGACCUCUUUGGUUGUCUCAAUGAGUGCUUCUCCUCAAGUAUCAAGCAAUCUUGAGCUUAUUCUUAAAGACAUGAUUAAAUUCAUCUUGGAGAACUCGAUGGCUCUGUUUUUAAGCGAAGUCAUGGAAAUGUUGGAGUCAAUCCUUCUUAGCACCAAUCAGAUGUCGCCUACAAUGUGGGAGCUCUAUCAAACGGUUAUUUCAUGCUUUGAUACGUAUGCAGAGGAUUUCUUCGACACCUUCCAGCCAUUUUUGGAAGGUGUGGUAUUAUAUGCUUUUGCUGACGAAUCGAUCACGGUAGACAAUGCUAACGUGCAAUGUUUGUUCAAUGUGUGUUUCCGGAUGCUUACGGGAGACAUGGUUGAUCCAGUUUUCGCUCACCAAGCAUUUGAGCUUAUUGAAUUUUCCAUCUUAACGUUGCACAAGAGAUUCAUUCCGUUCUUGCCACAAUUCUUACCAGAAAUCUUUAAAAUUUACCAGUCAUUGGAAGCUCAAGAGGCCUUUGAUGGCUACAUGUUGCAUUAUUUGUCUGUCUUGAAAAUCUUUUUUGCGUGCUUCUGUGUUGAAGCGACUGGCACAUUGGAAAUCAUGAAGCAACACGAAAUCACUAAAUCCUUUUUCUCUAUGUGGGUCAAAUAUAGUGACGAUUUUAGGAGUGUUUAUGGUUGCAAAUUACAAAUUCUCGCGGCACUUUCGAUUCUUUUGGACGCUCCAUUGGAUUUACUACCUACAGAGGAUUUGGUUGGCGAGGUUGUUGACCUCCUCUUUUCGAAUUUGGAGACUUUGCCACAUGCCAUCAAGGCUAGACAAGAUAUUAUUGAUAAAGAGAGUGGAGCUCGUGGGACUAGCAAAGAUUUUAAUGGAGGAGAUGACGACGACGACGAAGAUGAAGACUAUUACGCAGAGGAUUUGGAAGCAGAUGAGGCAGAGCUUGAGGCUCUUAAACAAACACCUCUCGACAACAUCAAUUCUUUCCAAAUAUUUGCAGAGAAGAUCACCCAAAUUCAAGAGCAGGACCUAUCGAGAUACCAAGCCGUUUUUGGCAACUUGGAUGCUUCGCAAAAAGAGAUUGCCAACAGGAUUGUGCAAAUCAGUCAAAGGCGUAUUUGA